CUUUACUUCGGGGAUGUGCAGGAAAGCGGUGUACACUCCAACCUCUGUUACUGUCGCUCAGGACCGGAGAGUCUUCUCAGGAGCCGGUGACGGAUCUCCAUGGCUCCUCCCAGAGUCCUCAUGGUGGCGGAGAAGCCGAGCAUUGCUCACUCCGUAGCUUCCGCCCUCUCGCGCGGUCAAAUGUCUACGCGGAGGGAGCACCGAGGUUCAUGAGUUCGAUGGGGUGUUCCUCGGGUUCAAUGUGCAGUAUAAGAGUGACUUCUGUUAUUGGCCAUGUUUUCGGUUUGGAUUUCCCCGCGACUUAUCAAGACUGGAAAGCCACUGAUCCUCUGGAUCUAUUUGAGGCUCCAACAGUUAAGACAGAGUCAAACCCAAAGGCUCAUAUUCGGAGGCAUCUAAGUCAAGAAGCUCUUGGUUGUGGUUACUUAGUGUUGUGGUUAGAUUGCGACCGCGAAGGAGAAAACAUAUGCUUUGAAGUUAUUGAGUGCACUGGCUUUGGUCGAAACAAGGACCGUAGCAAAGUUUAUCGUGCUCGGUUUUCUUCUAUCUCUGAGAAGGAUAUUUUGAAGUGUAUGGACAACCUUGUUGAGCCUAACAAGGACGAGGCAUUGGCUGUGGAUGCUCGUCAACAGAUAGAUCUCAAAGUGGGUGUCGCAUUUACACGCUUCCAAACUGCUUAUUUCCAGGGAAGAUAUGGGAAUCUUGAUGCCAGAGUUAUUUCCUAUGGGCCAUGUCAAACUCCUACGCUUGGGUUUUGUGUCCAACGGUAUUUGCAACUUACGACUUUUAAGCCUGAAAAGUUUUGGACCUUGCACCCCUACUUAAUACAUGAUGGCUAUGAAAUUCAGCUGGAAUGGGAACGUCAGAAGCUAUUUGACUUAGAUGUUGCUACGAUGCUCCAUAAACUGGUUGUAGGUGAUGGAAUAUUAGAAGUAACUGACAUAUCUGAAAAACAGGAGAGUAAAAGUCGUCCUUCAGGUCUCAACACUGUGAAUCUUCUGAAGGUUGCUUCGAGUGCACUGGGCUUUGGACCUCAAACAGCAAUGCAAUUAGCUGAGAGACUAUACACUCAAGGUUUCAUCAGCUAUCCACGCACAGAGAGUACAGCCUACCCUGCUUCGUUUGACUUUAGAAGUACUCUUGCUGCACAAGCAAAUAAUCCUACUUGGGGUAGUUAUGUGGAGAAGCUUCUAGUUGACGGUUAUCAUAAGCCAAAGUCUGGAACAGAUGCUGGUGAUCAUCCUCCUAUAACUCCAGUAAACUCAGCAACUGAGGUUGUGCUUGGGAAUGAUGCUUGGAGACUGUACCAGUAUGUUUGCCAACACUUUCUGGGAAGCAUCUCUCCUGACCUCAAGUACAUUAGGAAGAAAGUCAAAUUCACAAUUGGAGGAGAAUUAUUCCAUUGCGUUGGACAUCAUAUCACAAACAAAGGGUUUACUUCUAUCAUGCCAUGGUUGGCCAUAAAUGAGAAAAGUCUGCCUCAAUUCACAAAAGGCGAGAAGUUAAAAACUUCAAAAGUGGAGCUGCAUGAGGGGAACACAACUGCCCCUGAUUUUCUUAGUGAAAGUGAGCUGAUUUCUUUGAUGGAGAAGAAUGGAAUUGGAACUGAUGCAUCUAUCCCUGUGCAUAUCAACAAUAUUUGCGAACGCAACUAUGUACAGGUGCAGGCUGGAAGGAAGUUGGCUCCAACUGCCUUAGGUAUAAGCUUAAUAAGAGGCUACCAAUCGAUUGAUGCUGAUCUCUGUCUACCUGACAUCCGCAGCUUCAUUGAACAACAGAUUACUCUUGUUGCGAAGGGUCAAGUGGAUCAUUCUCAUGUUGUGUCUCAUGUGCUUCAGCAGUUCAAGCAAAAAUUCUUGUACUUUACUAAACAGAUUGGAAACAUGGACGUGUUGUUUGAAGCUCAAUUUUCUCAACUUGCUGAUUCAGGCCGCCCUCUCAGUAGAUGUGGCAAGUGCCUCCGAUACAUGAAGUACAUUUCUACUAGGCCACCGCGUCUGUAUUGUAAUACAUGCGAGGAGGUUUAUCAUCUUCCUCAAAAUGGAACAAUCAAGCUGUACAAGGAACUCACAUGUCCUUUGGACAGCUUUGAACUCUUGAUCUUCUCCAUGCCUGGUCCUGAAGGCAAAUCUUUCCCUCUCUGCCCAUAUUGUUACAACAGUCCACCCUUUGAAGGUAUCGAUACGCUUUUCGGUGCUGGCAGGAUGGGUAACUCUAACAAUCCUGGGAAAGGAGCCGGCAUGCCAUGCUUUCUCUGCCCCCACCCAACAUGCCGGCAUUCUCUGAUAACCCAAGGAGUAUGUGCAUGCCCAGAAUGCAAUGGUACCCUCGUACUAGACCCAAUCAGCGCUCCAAAUUGGAGGCUCUUCUGCAACAUGUGCAACUGCCUCGUUCUUCUCCCACAGGGUGCUCACAGGGUGUCGACUACUCCCGACCGGUGUCCCGAUUGUGACUCGAUGAUCAUAGAAGUGGACUUCAAUAAGAAGGCAACGCCUUUAGAGGAUGGGGCCACGCUGCAUAAAGGUUGCAUCCUGUGUGAUGAGUUGCUUCAUUCUCUUGUGGUGGUGAAGCACGGCAAGUCAUUUUCUAGACGAGGUGCGAGAGGAAGGGGCCGAGGAAUGGGAAGAUCUGGGAGGGGUGCAGGCCGCGGCAGUUCGAAAAUGGUCGAUCCUAAGAUGUCUUUUCGAGGUUUCUAAUGGUUGUUUGUGUCAGCACUAACCAAAUCUGAUUGACAACCACCUCGAUAAGCCAUCUGACUUUUUACUUUCAUCUUUUAGUCGGGCGUAUCGAAUGCAUAUAAUGCAUGGUUUGUUAAAUCACAGGUGAGCAUUUUAACUGAGGACCAAUCGAAGAAUGCAGAAUGUUCUGUGAAUGUGUACAUGUGAGUAUUGUACAAGAAUGAUGCUUGAUAUACGAAAAAAAAAUUGCGUUUUUAACGAAAAUAUGAAUAUCUCUA